CACGGGGCACCGGGGCAAUAAAAAAGCAAAUAUUCAUCCCCACUCAACAUGUCAAUCAGGAUUAUUGCCCUUACAAAGCUGUCUCCAGGGCGCGUCAGGGCUUUCAGAGGUGGAAGUUGUCGAGCACGGCCACUGCGCCCGCGUAUAAAAGCCAGGAGAGGAUCACAACACAAGCAAAGCAAAGCGCAGCGGUUUGAGGAGCGCACAGCAGCACUCCGGAGCUUAGACUGGACUUGUACCAUUUAUACCUCUGCCAUUGGUUGACAUGCGUAAUGACUGAUCUCACUUAUUUGCAGAUGUGACUGACGAGACUUUCUCUCGUUUGGAUUACAAAAACAGCGUUUCUGAUUCAUGCGUGACUGUUCCGCUUGUUUAAAGAUUAAUCAUCUUCUGCGCAAUUAAGACAUUUGGCGACAUGGAUUUGAUAAGUGUGUGCCGCAUGUUGCUCUUCCCGGUCCAAAUCCUCUACCACGUCUUGAGAGCCAGCGUGUCCCCGCUGUUGUCCCGCAGAAGGAAGGACCUGAGCGCGGAGGUAGUGCUGAUCACCGGAGGAGGACGAGGCAUCGGCCGUCACCUGGCCAAAGAGUUCGCCAAGCAGGGCGCUAAAAAGGUAAUCCUGUGGGGUAGAACUGAGAAGUGCCUGAAAGAAACAGCAGAGGAAAUCUCCCUGAUGGGAACAGAGUGCCACUACUUCAUUUGUGAUGUGGCCAAUCGGGAGGAGGUGUACAAUCAAGCCAAAGUGGUCAGAGAAAAGGUUGGAGAUGUUACAAUACUGGUGAACAAUGCCGCAGUGGUCCAUGGUAAAAGUCUGAUGGACUGUGAUGACGAUGCACUUCUGAAAUCUCAACACAUCAACACUUUGGGACAGUUUUGGACCACAAAAGCCUUUCUACCUCGGAUGUUGGAGCUGCAGCACGGUCAUGUGGUGUGCAUAAACUCCAUCCUGUCCCAGUCUCCGAUCCCUGGGGCCAUAGACUAUUGUACGUCCAAGGCCUCCUCCCUGGCCUUCAUGGAGAGCCUGACUCUAGGUCUGCUGGACUGUCCUGGGGUUGGCUGCACCACAGUGCUCCCAUUCCACACCAACACUGAGAUGUUCCAGGGAAUGAGAGUCAGGUUUCCUCAGCUGUUUCCACCUCUAAAACCUGAAGUAGUGGCUCAGAAGACCGUGGAUGCAGUCAGAGCAGACAAGGCCUUCCUCUACCUGCCCUGGACAAUGCAUGCCCUGGUUGCUCUUAAAAGUUUCAUGCCACAAAUAGCACUUGAAGAAAUCCACAAGUUUACCGGGAGCUACACCUGCAUGAACACAUUCAAAGGGCGGACAUGAGCCUUGAUUUCAUAUAAGAGAAAAGACUUCUAAAGAUGUAGUUUUUAUAAAAGGACAUGGACCUUUUCACAAAAUGAUGGCUUGAGCUCCCAGGCAGAGUAAAUACACUUUUGCCAGCUAGGCCAUAUAUGUCCCAAGUGAGGACAGAGAGGAAGAGGAGCCUCUGUUUCGGCCAUUGUGAGACUGUGUGCAUCUAUCUCGUCUGUGCGUGACCCCAUAUGUGUGUACAGACAGAGUACUAAGCUGGUCCUGCUCUUGGAGUAAGAUUUCAGUAGAUGUAGGUUUGACACUUCGUUUAGUCUGUUUUUAAACCUAUUUUUGUAUUUGUCUUUUAAAUGUGUUUUAAUGGGAGUAAGAUAAUAAAAUGUUUUACUCAUAUAAUGAGAGAA